AUGCAAAUUAGGCACAGCUGUGCUGCAAGAGAGAGAGGAAGUCAGUAUGAUGUGUUUUGACACUCAAGCAUAGACAGCUACAAUAUCAGCCAUAACCUACUGCUGCUCAUGUGGUCAACUAUGUGACUGAUGGUGAAGACUGAGCCGCUGGGAGCUGUGUGUUUGCAGUAGAGCGAUCAUCAAGGACCAUGGCAUACAGUGUCAACGUGUGUCAAACGGAUUCUGAUUCGUCGGAGUCUGACUUUGAGUACAUGGGAGGAAGCCAACCAGGUCUGGACUCCUUCCGGCUCUUUGGAGAGCCGGCAGCCAGCACCCAGAGGUGUCCUGAAACCCUAGAGAUGAACGUGUUUAGGGAAUGCACAGGUACAAAUACAGAACAUAGUCUGCCAUUUGCUGCAAGCGGCCACAUGAGAGACGAAACACUUGAGAGGGAGCAGAUGAACCCUCUGCAGAGACAUCACUGGUCAGCUGCUACCUUAAAGGUCCUCUCCUCGAUGCCCAGUCGCACUGCUGGGAUAAAUAGCGUUGCAGUACAUCCUCGUCCCGCCGGAGGCUCAUCUCACCAGCCCUCCUCCUCCUCCCGUGAUCCUUCUCACCCCUCCAGACCGAUCCCGGAGGAGUCAGUCCAGGCAAAUACGGAGGAAAUCAGUGCUGAAGAAAACAAGAAGGAGCAGCUGGUGUCCAACCUCCGAGGCCUCUCUGUGAGCGAGGGCAUGCGCAAGCUGAGAGCCGCGCCGCUCAGCCUGGCGGAUAAGAUGGAAGUCAGGCGGCUUGCUUUCAGUGACGCAGCUGAGAGUUCACUCAUCAGCAGAAAUAUCCCGUGCUACAGUCGUCUGAGCGUGUACAUUUCGAGGACUUGGCGUCACUGCCUGUUCAGCUGCCUCCCCAUCCUCACUUCCCUCCAGUUGUGGCAUUCGCCCAUGAAGAGACUGAGCGGACGUUUCGGAACCGGGGUGCUUUCCUACUUCCUGUUCCUCCGGACCCUCCUGCUCUUUAACCUCCUCCUCUUCGCCAUCAACGGCCUGUUCCUGGUCUUCCCUCAAGCCGUCAACCCUCCUCCUCCUCCUCCACAUGACUCUCACCUCGACACUUUCACCGGUCUUGAGCUCUUCACAGGCACGGGCUACCUCUCUCAGAGUGUGAUGUUUUACGGCUACUACACCAACACCAUUCUCAAAACUUGUCGAGCUGCUGACUCUAUUGAUUAUCUGCCCGUCUGUGACACCGACAAGCCCCAGAUAAUGCCGUACAGCAUACCUGCAGCCUAUUUCGUCACCAUCUCCAUCGCCUUCUUCAUUAUCCUCAUCAUCCUUGUGUACAGCGUGUCCAAGUCCCUUGGGAGAAGUUUUCAAGUCCUCAAGUCAAAUGGGAAUCUGGCUGUGAAAGUUUUCUGCUCCUGGGACUUUAAAGUCAGCAAGAAGACGCCCGUCAGGCUGCAGUCUGAGAAAAUCAGCACUCAGCUCAAAGAGCUGCUGUCUGAGCUGAUCGGUGGAGAGGAUCAAAAGAGCUGCAUGCGGCGACUCUGCCGCCUCGUGGUGCUCUUGGUAGCGUGGGCCACAUGUCUGGGCAGCAUCUCCCUGGGCGCCAUGGCGGUACACUACCUGUCAGAGACUGACAUCAAGCAGAGUUCUUUCAAAGACGCUGAGCUGCUGCUCUUAUCUGCAGUGGUGUCAGGCAUUAACCUGUUACUACCCGGCAUCUUCAACCUGUGUGCUUGGAUGGAGAAUCAUGACUCACCCAGCAUUUGUGUCUAUGUCUCCAUCUUCAGGAACCUGUUGUUGAAGGUCAGUAUUGUUGGAGUGCUGUGCUUCCGCUGGCUGGGGAGAAUUGCCGUGGAACCAGAAAGUCGUGGUUUACAGUGUUGGGAGAGCUUCGUGGGGCAAGAACUGUAUCGCCUGCUCCUGAUGGACUUUGUCUUCACGAUGCUUUACACUUUUUUGGGAGAGUUCCUGUGGAGGCUCUUUUCCAAGCGAGUGCUGAAAAGGAACAGGAUGCCAGUGUUUGACAUUGCCCGUAAUGUGCUGGAACUCAUAUAUGGACAAACCCUUACUUGGCUCGGGGUGCUGUUUGCUCCACUGCUUCCUGCCGUCCAGAUCAUAAAACUGUUUGUGUUAUUCUACAUGAAGAAGAGCAGUCUAAUGCUCAACUGUCAGGCGUCCAGGAAGCCUUGGAGAGCCAGCCAGAUGACGACACUUUUCAUCUCUCUUUUAUGCUUCCCGUCAUUUAUUGGCGCUGCCGUGUCUGUGAUUUACACAAUCUGGACGCUUAAACCGUCGUCAGUGUGCGGCCCUUUCAGGAAUCUGACCACGAUGUUUCAGUCGGGGCAGCUGUGGGCCAAGGAGCUGGAGAACACUCACCCGGUCCUGUCCUGGCUCAGCUGGGCCUACGACGCUCUGCUGGAGAACCCGCUGAUCUUAUUCCUCGCCACUGCAGUCUUUCUAAUAGUGAUAUAUAUUCACACUCAAGUUGUUGAUGGCCAAAGGAGAAUCAUCAGUCGGUUAGAAAAACAAAUUGAAAAUGAGGGUAAAGACAAAAAGUUCCUCAUCACCAAUCUGCAAGCCAUUUAUGAACGGAGUAAUCUGGUUUCCCCUCAUAGAUAAGUCUGAACACCAUCCACACAUCUUCGCUUUGAAAGAUAACAACAUUAUCAGGAAAUCUAACUAAUCCUUCCUGUUAGCACUAUAAUAUAUUUAUUUAUAUAUGGAGCUCCUAUUGUAUGUCAGGAUGUGUAUUUUUUUAUAUGUGUAGUUAUUUUUCAGAUUCUGUUAAAGUUUAUAAAUAAUGAUCUUGAAAAUGUUGUAUGAAAAUAAAUUUGUUUGAACACAUC